AUGACUCAAGACUCAACAUGCAUUAAAGAAUCCCUUAAAGCCCUUGAUGAUUAUGUUCUUCUAGGACGUAGUGGAUUGAGGGUCUCCCCUCUAUGCCUUGGUACUAUGACUUUUGGAGAACAAAUGAGUGAACGCUUUCUUGGAGAAUAUAUCGCUGAUAAACGUUCUCAAGUUGUAGUUGCCACAAAAUAUACUGCUAAUGUUACUACUUUGAUGCCAAAUCAAAAAUACAAUCCAAAUGCUGGUGGAAACCACCGUAAAUCUCUUGUCGAAAAUCUCGAUGAAAGCCUUAAACGACUGAACACUGGAUAUGUUGAUAUCAUGUAUGUUCACGCUUGGGAAUUUC